UAAUCGCGUCCCUGUGUGUACGUUUGGUCCUGGCAUUCCUUGCGCUGAAAAAUUUGCCGAAACUGACUGGCUCGAGGCUGAGUGGAUGUAGUUUUUCGACUUCCGUUUUCAGCAAAAUAUGGCAGUAGCAACGAGAAAACCUAAGGUUACCUCUAUGUGGGGAUUUAAGAAAGACGAUUUCAACUGUGUCAAGAUAACUCUCUUAAAGCCAUCUACACAAGAGUAUCAAGGUUACAGAAACUUCCAAACAGUGAAAUUCACCAAGUAUAAUUCAAACACCGUGAUAAACGCUGCAGUUUCUGUAGUGACUAAAGACCCACCUCAGAGUGCCUCAGAUUCGCUUGAAUCACUGUUUACUGAACUGGAGCAAUUGAAGGGAUUGGUUGCUUUAAAAAAAGCAGGUCGGGGGAAAAAAAGGACAACAUCCCUAUGGGAAGUCACUGAGACAGCCACCAUGACGAAACUGUGCUCUUCUUUAGUCCAAUCCUUUAUGAGCAAUAUGGCUUACACAAACGGAAAAUGGGGUGUUUGUGAGCUAGUAAGGGCAGUCAUAGAGAAAUGCUCACUGGAAAUGCAGGUUGUUUAUACAGGGAGUACAUCACACCCUAGUAACUUUUCAACUGUGGUUAAAAUAAGAAAGAAAAUGGAGAGCUCAUCUGAGUCUUCAAGUGAAGAUAGCACCAGUUCAGAAGAAUAUCAUUCGUCCAAGUUGUUUGCAGCUGGAGACAUCACUCCCGAACCUAGAAAAACCAAGCAAAGUCCAAGUUUUCAAGCAGCAGUAACUACUGACUCAUCACCUGAGGAUGAUUCCAAAGUGAAAACACCGGACAUUCUGGUCUUUGAGAACAUGUCAGUAAACUGCUUAGCCAAGCCGUUAACAACAAAACUACUCAUCUCCGUUAAAAGUGGUUUUCAUAAUAAACUGGAAGAUUUUGCCAUAGAACUCCUUGGGCGAUUACCCUAUCAAUCAGGUCCCAUAUUUGGACUGCAAGUUAACGCGGCUGGGGCAUUUUUGGCCUCAGUUGCAUACGACCCAGAAGAGGUCAAGGUAAUAAUUUCCGAUUACCGUUCUUUCAUCUUCCUUUCUGGAGAAGGACGUCCAUUAAAUGUUUCAGGUUUGAAGAGUAUGGUGGAAUGUAUCAAGUGUGUACUCACAGACGAGGCUUUAAACUGGACCACCAGCGACUCAAAUUAAGUUCAAACUUUGAAAUCUUAUGCAGCCUGAUUGAUAUAUUACUUGUGGUUGUCAUGUAACAGUAUUUGCAAAGCCUGGACACUAUAUCGUCGCAUAUCUGACAAACCGGCGAAUAAGCAGUAAACAAAGCUUAUUUGCUUUUUGUCAGAUAUGCACCCUAAUUUGCUUAUUCGUCGGUUUGUCAGAUAUGCAACGAUAUUACCGCUAUUCUGCUGGAUUACUGCGCAAUUUCCGCAAUGUUACAGUGACCAAAAAUCACGCCAGGCCGAAAAUCACCUGAAGAAAUACUUAAAGACAACACAAAAUUUAUUUGCACCAUGUAUUAAUGUAAUUUUAGAAGUAACAAGGAAUUUUUAUUUUUUAUUUAUUUAUUUAUUUUUUGGCAAAAAUUUUGUUAACAAGCACACCAAAUUUAUUAAUUGACAAAAAGCUUUAAAAAUUUGCUAAAAUUAUCAAGAUACAUAUAGAAUAUUUGUCAUUUGCCAAAAAGGGCUAAAAAAAUUGGCUUAAAGGGCCUAUGAAAUAUAAUUGUUAAAGAUUUAAAACAACUCUGUUUUCAUUCUGACAAAAGAAUUUCACCUUUUUAUUGCUGAAUUUUGUGUUUUAUGCAAACUGAACUGUGCAUAUUCAUUAGCAAAAUGUCAUCAAAGGCAGGGCUGCUACAUCACAGAUUUUUUCUUUUCUGCAGAUAGCAAACCCACUAAUAAUUGGGUGUUGUCUUAUUAAUGAGUGUUUAGAGUCUUAUUAAUGAGUGUUUAGAGUCUCAUUAAUGAGUGUUUAGAGUCUUAUUAAUGAGUGUUUAGAGUCUUAUUAAUGAGUGUUUAGUAUUAAUGUUAUUUUAAGGUGACUGCUGUUUUCUAUGGCAAAAUUUGGGAUCUUGAUUUUGUACAUAUUUAAUGCUGCUGUCAGACUCUGUUCCUCUAAUGAGUCGCACAACAGCACCCUCAUGUGUCCAGUUUAAGACGUGUUAUCUUUGGGAAUUUAAUUAAAGCAUUAAAUCUUAAUUUUAUUACAAAAAUUUACUUUCCACUUUCUUUAAAGUGUUCUUAAGCACGGAUAUUUUGAUAACAAAUGUGUUUAAAAAAAUUGCACUUCAUUGACCCUAGCACUAGUCCGUUGGACAAAACCAGUUGUAAAUGCCUCCAGGCAAGUUGUAAGGUUGAAACAGCGGACCAGUUGCUAAAAAAGUUAAAUUUAAGCCCUGCUAAAAACACUCUUGUUAGCCAAAAAAAUCAUCAAAUUCCCUUUCCAAAAAUGUGCAUCAUUGUGACGGAACAGCGGUAGACUAGUUUGCGAGUUGAGAGCAGGAGGACUGCACAUGCGCCGGCUGUGCGCGGCGCGUUGCAAGGGGUCCUGUGUGGUCAAAUUUAUGCAAACAGAAGUAAUACACUCAAGCAAUCCACUCUGCUUCCAUAAAGGUUUCCACAUUGUAAUAAAAAAAAGGCUUUUAUAUCAAGAUUGAAUUUUUAGGUGUUUGGCCAACAGCCGAACAACUAUUGUUAUUGUUAUGUUUUUGGGUUUU